AUGGAUGAGAAAAUGAGAAAAAGCUUCUUCAAUAGAGCAAAAAGGAUGAAAAGCCAGCCUAACAAAUUUAUAGAAAAAAGGACACAGUGCUUUUAUUAUUGGUGGUUGCUAACCAUACUGGUAGUGAUCCUUAUUUCCGGUUCGACCAACGCAGGCUUUGCCUGUCUCAGCAAUCCAUGUGUUUAUGGAGUGUGUAUCGAUGAUCUAAAUAGCACAUACUCUUGCUAUUGCAUCGAUGGGUACACGGGCGUGCAUUGCCAGACGAACUGGGAUGAAUGUUGGUCCGGACCAUGUCUUAACGGGGGUACCUGCAUCGAUGGUGUCGCUUCCUACAACUGCACCUGUCCCGAUGGCUUCCUAGGAUUAAACUGUGAGGAGAAUUUCAACGAAUGCCAGUCCAAUCCUUGCCAGAAUGGUGGCCAGUGUAAUGAUAAGGAUAAUGCGUUUUAUUGUACCUGUGCGCUAGGCUACGAGGGCGAGUUUUGUGAGCUCGAUAUAGCCGUUUGUGAUACGGGUGAUCGAUGUCACAAUGGUGCCGCCUGUAUUGAGGGACCUGGGCUAGAAUUCUCCUGCCGUUGUACGGAAGGAUUCGAGGGUCGGUUGUGUGAUGCUGAGAUCAACGAAUGUGCAUCAUCCCCCUGUCAGAACGGGGCCAUUUGCAUCGACAAGUUCGCAUCGUACGUUUGUGCGUGUCCGAUGGGUUUCAGUGGGACAAAUUGCGAAGAAGAGAUAAUGGUUUGCGCUAGUUCACCGUGCGCCAACCAAGCGCUAUGUUUGAUGGAGGAAGAUUCUCCCACGUGCUACUGUGUGCCGGAUUAUCACGGCGAACGGUGCGAGUUGCAGUACGACGAAUGCCAACUUGGACCGGAUCCCCGCUGUGCGAAUGGUGCCACGUGCGUGGAUGGAGUUGAUGAGUAUUUCUGUACUUGUGCGCCUAAUUUCACCGGAGAAAACUGUGAGUGUCUCAUGCUGGACGCUGACGGUCAGAUCGAAAUGGACUGUAACUAUACGGCACCUACUGUGAGCACGUCUGAAGCGGAAGAAUUCACAGUAACCUCAUUCUAUGCGUCGACCGUGGAAUCGUUUCCAUUUUCGACCGAUGGCAUUUUUAAACCUUCAACCGAACUAUCGCUAGAAAGAACUACAAAUUUCUCGGUUUGGUCACAGCCAAUUUCACCUGCUGUUACUGAAGAAUUUACUGAUCCUUCUAUAGAAGUAACAGAAAGUGGCCCAUCGACUAAUACUGGUGAGAGUACGGUGCCAUCUUCCGUACCUUCUAUCUCUCCAGCGAUCUCAGGAAGUGAUCCGUAUACUACUACGUCUGUAAGUGAAAGUGAUACUGAUAGCAACGUAACGUCACGCACUACUGCAUCGCCUGAACAGGAUAUAAAAUUUACCUUUGGACCUUCUGGAGGUACAGAAGCUGCGAAAGAAAAAACGGCCACUCCUGGCACUACCAUGUUGGAAAACGACACUUCAGUAUCUGGUUACAAUACGCCAACACAGAAUACUCAGGAAGCUUCAAUUGGAGAUUACUACCCUACUGUAAAAGCCUCGUCUAAAUAUCCUACCUUUGACGAUGGCUUUGCUGCACCUUCCGACUUCGGAACCACCCCAAUGGACACGAUAUUCCCAACAUCGGAUCUUCCUAGAGUAUCUACACUCUCAACCGAACUGAGCUCAUUCUUUACCGAAUCUCCCACAAACCGAUCCAUUGCACCAGGACUCCAGGGAGAAGAUCAAGUUACAGACACUCCAACGUACACUACAAAUGGACCAACUUUAUCAGGUCCGGAUGAAGUCACACAGCAACCAGAUGGGAGCACAACUUCCCUUGUUUCAAGUUUCCCACUUGCAACAACAACGACGACGACAAGAUCACCCGAAGUUGAAGAGUGCGACGAUACCGUGUGCGCCAACGGAGGAACUUGUGCCAUGACCCCACACGGUAUCCGCUGUCAUUGUGACUUCCGCUACGCAGGACCCUACUGUGACGUACCGGUCAGCAUACAGAACGCUGCAUUUUCUAAAGAAUCCUUUUUGCGCCACAUCAUUUACCGACGGACGCACUCCGCUGGUUCAACCAACCAAUCGGUGGAUACGCUCAAACAGCUGGCUUCCAUGACAGUUCGCUUCAAGGCAAAGCUAACGUCUCGCGAAGGAUUGAUUCUUCUGGCCACGGCGGAAGGCGACGAUGGCAAUCACUAUGUGGCACUAUUUUUGCACAAAGGCUUGCUGCAGUUUCAAUUUUCCUGUGGACUGCAGACGAUGCUUUUGAGUGAAAUCGAAGGCACGGUCAAUAAUGGAUACGAGCUGAACGUAAAAGUGCAGUUAAAUUUCAACGAUCGCUAUAGCCACUGCAAUGCGUCGCUCCAUGUCAAUGAAACGCUGGCCAUGAGUGGCGAACAGCCGACUUGGCUUGGAAAUGUGCUGCGUACGAGGCAGCAAAAGGUAGGCCAGGAUGAUGGUUCUGAUGGGAUAGCAGCACUAGCUUCAAUCAAACAGAGCUGGUUACAUCUAGGUGGACGUCCCAUCAAAACGAUGUACACCUUAAGUCACAACAUCUCACGAUCUCACGGCUUUACCGGAUGCGUGUAUGACCUGGAGAUCAACAACGUUCCGGCAGCCAUCUUUGACAACGCCGAAGAUGCGUACAAGAUUUACGAAUGUACGUCGUUGGCAUGUCUUUCGAGUCCCUGUCGCAACGGAGCGAUUUGUGUGGAAGCGGAAAGCUACGGGAUGCCUGGACGGUUCUCUCCCAGCAGCAAUACACCAACCGGCACAGGCAACGCUGCUUGGAGUUGCAAGUGUUCGUUCGGAUACAUGGGCCGCACGUGCGAACGAUCCGUGUGCGAUAAUAAUCCAUGUCGAUUCGGUGGCACGUGUGUAACGUUUCCGGAAAGUGGCUACCUUUGCCUGUGUCCGUACGGAAAGCAUGGGCAUUUUUGUGAGCAUGAUCUGGACAUUUUGCAACCAUCGUUCUUUGGUAGCAUCAAGGGUAUUUCUUCCUACGUCGCUUAUCCGAUCGCAUUCCCGCUGGAAGAUAGGUUUGAGUUUAGCUUUAAGAUUAUCCCAACAACAACGGCUCAGAUUUCGUUGCUAGCAUUCGUUGGUCAACCGAACGAUCAUCACGAUCAAAGCGAUCAUUUUUCGGUCAGCUUCAUACAAGGUAACAAGGAACAACUGGUGUAAACUUCCCUUCUUCAAACUGAAUGAAAUCUUGCCAUCUUUUUAGGCUUUAUAUUGGUCACCUGGAACCUGGGGAGUGGCCCACGACGGAUAUUUACACAGCAACCGAUACAGGUGCAAUCGUCCCGUCCAACGACAAUCCAGGCCGGCCGAAAUGGACGCACCGCUUGGCUGUCGAUCGAUGGCAAGGUGAACAUUUCGGGAAAUUCGCCCGGAAGCAGCCGAAGGCUUAAUGUCGCACCACAGCUAUACAUCGGUGGCCAUGAGGCUGUUAACUUUUCCAGCUUACCGCACGAUUUGCCGCUUCAUUCCGGGUUUCAGGGAUGUCUGUUCGACAUCCGUCUUGUCGCAGGGCCGAUACACAUCCCGCUUCAACAUAUCGGUGGUAUGCGUGGCCGAAGUGUUGGCCAGUGUGGUACGAAGGAGUGUCAUCGACACGCGUGCCAGAACAAUGGCGCCUGUUUGCAGCACGGUUCUACCUUUACCUGCAUUUGCCAGGAAGAUUGGAACGGUAUCCUGUGCUCGCAGAAGGUUAAUCCGUGCGAUGAAAGUGUCAGCAAAUGUGCACCGGAUGCCUCCUGUUUCCCAUUGCUGGGAGGAUAUGAGUGCGAUUGUCCCUUCGGUAAGGUGGGCAAAAGGUGCGAAUCAAAUCUGAAGUAUCUUAGCGAUGUUUCCUUCUCCGGACGACGAUCGUACCUUGCGCUGCGGUGGCCUAACACCGGUGACUGGUCUGGUUCGUACCGUGAGAACGAGGUACGGUACGAAAAGAUUGUCCAACAUUCGCACAUCAUCCCACAUAACCAUUCGAUCCUGCUAAAAUCCAUACGGGAGUUGGACAAGAUCAACGACGUGCUUAAGGUGCUCCCAGAAUCGAACGAAACCGAACAGUAUGCCGGCCAUUCCAUGGUUCCUCGUUCGGAUAACUACCGUCAGCUUCGGAUACGGCAACUAACCAUCGAGCUGCAGGUACGUCCGCUAUCGGAGAAAGGACUCAUACUCUUCGUUCGUACCUUCGAUUCUAACGCACAGGAACAGGGAUUUAUAAGCAUUAGCUUGCAGGGUGGCGUGGUAGAGUAUCGGAUAUCCUCCACACGCACUCAAGCGGCCGUAGUACGCAGUAACCAUGUGCUUGCAACCGGUGAAUGGCACUUUAUUCGCAUUGUAAAGUAUGGCAAACGAUUAACGCUGUGGGUUGAAGGCAAAAGCACCUCAAUCAUUGGCUCCGUUCGUGAGGAGUACGUGAGUCUAACGAAACACCUCUACUUGGGCGGUUUGCCCGAUCUGUCCACCCUACCGUACGACGCUAUCUCGGGCUAUCCCGUAUCGUUCCGUGGUUGCAUCCGGCACGUCAAUUUAAACGGAACGCGCAUCACACUCAACGGCAGCUCGAUCGUCGCAUCGCGUAACAUCAACGACUGCGAUGGGACACCUUGCGGGGGCGACAUCUGUGCCCACGGAGGUCUAUGUUGGCUGGAUGAGCACUCGCAACCACGCUGCAAGUGUCCCGAGUACUCGAAGGGUGUCAACUGUGAAAUUCAAGAAUCGUGCGAAGUUGUACAGUGCCGAAACAGUGGACAGUGUUUAAAGAAUGGUCGCUGCAGUUGCGCCGUUGGAUGGACGGGUCAUUAUUGUGAGAUUGCUACCGCAAAGUAUUCGUCGCUCGGAUUUAACGAUCGCAGCUACAUUCUGAUCCCUUCACAAAAAAUUAAAAUGAAGGACAAGCGUAAUGAUGACGGGACGGGCGGUUCCGUUGGCAACCGGUUGCCCUUUGAGCUACAGAUUUCCCUCAACCUUUCCACCCUGGAGGACGGGAUGCUGGCGUGGACAACGGAUGAGGCGGGAAGAUAUUUUGGGAUAGGAAUUCGCGAUGGUUUCCUGGUGGUUGUUAGCAAUAUGCUAAUGGAGGAUCACAGGGAAUACGAUAACGGUGGAGCAGGCGGUCUUUGGAAUGCUUUUGUAGCCGAUGGUGAUUGGCAUAAUGUGUUGCUGGAGACAAAAGCACAUCAGCUACACCUAUCGGUCGACGGAUACGAGCUGCUCACCGGGAAGCUCAUUCCGAAUGGGCGAAGUUUGCUUUCCCAGCCCUAUGAUAAGCCCGUUUUGAGCGAGGAAAUUACAUAUUUAGGAGGAUUUCCGGAUGAGAAUGUUUACAACCGUACAAGGGGAAACUUUGCCACAUCGUUCAACGGAUGCAUUCAGCACAUUCUGCUAGGGAACCAGCUGGACGAGCUUGACUUUGCAGACUACGAUGGAGCUAACAUCAAUGAGUGUGCAGUGUAA